ACAGCUGUGGAGGAAAGUCCACGCUAGAGCUCGGUGGUUUCUCUCCACUCCCUCUUCUGUGUCUGCAGCUCCAACUUCUCGCUCUGUUUUCGUGCGCGUAAAAACUUUGGCGAGCCGCGGUCUCCUCCUCUCCUCCGCGCGUAGUUCUCUGGGAAGUGCUUUGAAAACUUGUGGAGAAAUCUCACUUCACUUCUCCCACCUGUUGCUGAAACGGACGGAGCAGAGAACAGGACUCUAUCCCUCCGGGACAAGUUGGGGACUGACCCGGACCAGGGUCCACGGUUCACGCAACAGCAGCAGCAGCUGCCGCCUGGACACCCCCACCGCCUCCUGCACCGCCUCAUAAAAACGGCCGCCUUUGUGACCAAGAGGAGGACUUUAGACAUCGAGGAGUGAAAGGAAAGGAAGGAAGGGGUCCAGAAAGUGACACUUGAAGGAAUCUGUGUGCGUCUAGUUAAAAAAAAAAAACAGCCUGAAAAACAUCGCUGAGUGUGAAGUUUCCAACCGGACAGACAGACUUCAACACCUCGGAUGGUGGAAGGAGAUUUUUUUUUUUUCCCUCAGCAGUUGAGCAGCAAUUCUUCUCCAGAGAAGAAGAAGAAGAAGAGAAGGUUUGGUGCUGACUAUAGCAAACUUUAGGACAGAGGUGCUUCCCCUCCACCCUCUCCCCAUCGCCUCGCCCCCCUGCUGGCAUAGCUCCUGUCAGCCCCAGACCCACAGAGCACUUUGCCCCGCACUGGCUGCUCGGCGGUGCCGCGGCGGACAAUCAUGGACAACAGGCCCGUCCCGAGGAGGCGGACCGGAGCCGUCCGACAUCUGCUACAGCUGGCGUGCGUCGUCCUCGCCUGCAGCUCCCAGCUUCUGAUGGUGGAGGCGAAUUCGUGGUGGUCUCUAGGUCUGACCCCGAUCCAGCGGCCCGAGAUGUACAUCAUUGGUGCUCAGCCUCUCUGCAGUCAGCUUUCUGGCCUUUCACAGAGUCAGAGGAAGCUGUGCCAGCUGUACCAAGACCACAUGAGCUACAUCGGAGACGGAGCGAGAACGGGCAUCAAGGAGUGCCAGUACCAGUUCAAACAGAGGAGGUGGAACUGCAGCACUGUGGACAGCACGUCCGUGUUUGGACGGGUCAUGCACAUUGGCUCAAGGGAGACGGCAUUCACGUACGCCAUCAGCGCGGCCGGUGUCGUCAACGCCAUCAGUCGGGCGUGCCGCGACGGCGAGCUCUCCACAUGUGGCUGCAGCCGCACCGCCCGGCCCCGCGAUUUGCCGCGCGACUGGCUGUGGGGAGGCUGCGGCGACAAUGUACAUUAUGGCUACAGAUUCGCCCGGGAAUUUGUGGAUGCCAAGGAGCGGGAGAAGAAUUACCCGCGCGGGUCGAGAGAGUAUGCUCGAAUUCUCAUGAACCUGCACAACAACGAAGCGGGGAGACAGGCCGUCUACAACCAAGCCCAUGUCGCCUGCAAGUGUCACGGAGUCUCUGGGUCCUGCAGUCUGAAAACUUGUUGGCUUCAGCUGGCUGACUUCAGGCGAGUCGGAGAAUUUCUGAAAGAGAAAUACGACAGUGCUGCGGCCAUGCAGAUUGGACGCAAGGGAAAGCUGGAGCUGAAAGACAAGCGCUUCAACAACCCGACACCUGAGGACAUGGUCUACAUUGAUCCAAGCCCCGACUACUGUCUCCGGAACGAAACCACAGGCUCGCUGGGAACGCAUGGCCGCUACUGCAACAAAACCUCAGAGGGUAUGGACGGCUGCGAGCUGAUGUGCUGCGGCAGAGGGUACGACCAGUUCAAGACAUACAAGCACGAGCGCUGUCACUGCAAGUUCCACUGGUGCUGCUACGUCAAGUGCAGGCGCUGCACAACUCUCGUGGACCAGUUUAUGUGCAAAUAGCACAAAAAGGCGGGUUAACUCUGACCCAAAGAAAUGGGAGUGAAAAGAGAGGAGAGGAAUGAUGAUAUCCAUUUUAAUAUAAAGAGCUGAUCAAUGGACUGAUAUAUAUACAUAUAUAUAUAUAUUAAAAAAAAGAUGUCCAAUAUUCUGAUCACGGUCCUGAUGGAAGAACAAAACGGCACAAACGAGGAUGAAAGGGAAAAAGGGAACAGGUUUCAAUCCCUUGAAGUGGGGACACAUUGACCUAUGUGAGCUGAAGAGAUAAAAAUAAAUAUAUAAUUAAGAAAUAAAUAAAUCUACAACUUACACAUUUUAA